UCAAGAUGGCGGAUUGACGUCCGAAAUUCGGAACGCUAGCGUUGCAUGAUACCGCAUUGCUGCGCUUCUUUGAUAAUUUUGUUGUGAUUUUCGAUCAACAUUGUGUGUUUUGGCCGCCAAUGUCAAAUUGAGUCAAAAUAAUUUGUUUUGCUGUGUUUUAUUGGUAGUGCGAGGAGCACUAACAUGAAAUGGAUUCCAUAGUGGUGAAAACGGAGAUGCAAAGCAAUGGAGAGAUACUCCUAUUUUAUGUUGAUGAAAAUGGUGGUAAUGAAGAAGGAGUGCUCACUACAGUAGAGAGUAUCGAGAAUCAAGCCAUGCAGCUUCAGCAAGAUAACUCCUACAUCAUCCAGGAUAUGGUUGACUCCAAUGAGAAUGCUGAUCAAUCAACAGCAGACAACUGGACUGAUGAUGAGAUAAACCGACUCCUCGUCUUCUACAAUGAUAAUAAACAGACAUUUAUCAACGGCACAACUAAGAAACAACAUCUCUGGACCGUUGCAUGUAAAACAAUGCUUUUAGGCAAAAACCCAAACUCAUGCGAAGCCAAACUUCUUAGUUUGCAAACAAAGUACAAUCAAAUAUGUGAAAACAUACAAAAAGGAUUGUACGAAGAGUGGCCGUACUUCCAACUAUGUCAUAAUAUUUUCCAAGAUGAAAGCCCUGUGAUUACCAUUGAAACCGUCAACUCAUCGGAACCUCAAAUCAUUAAAGUUCCAGCUUUGAAACAGAAUUUUGACAAUGUCAUGAUGGUUAAGAAGAUAAAUAAACCUGCAGUUGAUGAGAAAGUUCAUACAAUGCUAACUUUGUAUUUGAAAUACAAGAAGAACUUCCAAGAAGAGUAUUGGAGACGGGGUUUGUGGGAGACUAUUGCGAUGGAGAUGGGAGAGGAUGACGGGGAAUACUGGCAGAAACGGUUCUUGAACUACAAACAGCAUUACUUGAGGUUGCUAGACAAGAGACGGGACAGUGGCAACGAAGGCAUCAACUGGCCAUACAUGGACUUAUUCGAUAAAAUAUUUGAAGGGGACCAAGAAUUUAAUAGAAAGUACUUAAAUGAAGAGUACAGACUAAUCGAAAACCAGGCUAUAGCUGAUUCUGAAGAGAUACCAACGCCUGAAGAUUGGUUGGUCUGUGAGAAAACUGUUUUAGUGAAAUAUUACUUUGAUUGUUACGAUGAGUUUGAGGACCGGACGAUACCCAAUGGUUUUCUAUGGAACGAAAUAGGCCGGUUACUGGACAAACCAGCUGAUGAUUGCAAAGCGAAGUAUGAGGAGUUGAGAGAGGCUCAUCUACAGAAAUAUAUCGAUGGAGCUGUUGUCGAUUUGCAGAGCAGAAAACCAGUUGACAUAGUGUAUGACCAUAUCAUAUCGAAGGAUAUACAGAAUGAAAUGGAAAGGAAUCGAAGGAUACCGGAGGAAUUGGAGAUUUGGAAGACAACGGAGCUAGAUGACUUGGUGCAAUUCUUCUAUGAUAAUAUACAGUUGUAUAAAGACAAAAUAUGUCAUUUUGUCUGCUGGGCAGCUGUAGCGAAGAAGUUGAAGAAGACACUACAGAGUUGUAAGAGCCAAUGGGAUGACUUAGUUCAGUUGUAUCAGACUAUCUUGAAUGAUAAGAAGGAGCAUCCUGAUAUGCAGAUCGAUUGGCGAUAUAUUGAAGUUUUUGAUAGGAUAUUUGAUUAUGGUAUGGACACUAAUUUGUUGGUUGGGUAUGAUAAGCCUAAGGAUGGUGCAGGUCCGAAAGCUGUUCAGGAAUCUGAGUUGGGGAAGGUUGGAGUAAAAAGAGUGAGCAUCAAAGAGGAAGUAGGCAUCGAUGACUUCAGUGAUGAUGACGAGUCCUUUGAUGAACGAGGAUUCACAAAGCGAACCAAACGGCGUGCCGGAGAGUCGAAAGCGUUCAAAAUCCUCGAAUAUUACCAAAAGAACAAAGACAAAUUCUCAACAACGAAUAGAAAUAAACAUUCUUUAUGGGAGGUCUUAGCCAAACAGAUUGGUAUCUCAGCUACCCAAUGCGCUCACAGGUUUAGAAACUUAAAACAAGUAUACACUGCCUACGUACAAAGAGAAAUCAACAAACCAGAGAUGCCUAUCCUAUGGCCUUACUACGCUCUUUGCAAGAAAGUCUUCGGCUACCGAGCCAUCAAAUCAAAGCUCAAGAACGGCAAAAUGGAUUCUGAUGACAGCGAAGACUGGUCAGCGAAGGAAAUCAAGCAAUUGAUCAAUUAUUUCUCUCAAAACUUUGAAGAGAUUGAUAAUUUUGUCGAUGACACAAGUAAAUGGUCUGAUUUGGCAACGGAUAUCGGUAAAACUGAGAACGCUUGCAAGGAGAAGUUUAUUGAACUGAGGAAGUCUUAUAGAAAGUUGAAGACUAUGAGGAGUAGGAACCCUGAUGUGAAGAUUUCGUGGAAAUAUUUUAACAUGUUCGAAGAUAUUUAUAAUGCUAAGCAGAAUGGAAAUGAUGAGGCUAUGGAGGUUGAGGAGUUGGACUUGAAUAUGGUUUCUGAUGAAAAAGAAGAAGACGACUACCAGUGCAUCAUAGUAAUACCAGAAGGUCAAGAUAUAUCGCAGAUAGAAAACGCUCAAAUUAUAAUACAAGAUCCACCCACUUUAGAAACCGUCCCAGAAGAGCCAGCGCCAACCAACCAGCCAAAGGAGGUCAAACCCAUCCAAAAAUGGACGAAACGGACCAAAAAGAGGUUAAUCAUCUUCUACAUUAACUACAUAAGGUCCCAUAAGGGGAAAGAGAUCAAAGCUCAAGAGAUGUGGAAGGAUAUUGCAUCGAAAUUAAACAAAACUGUGCAAUCUUGCAGAAAAAUGUUCGCUAAACUGAAAGCUAAUCACAAACAACUAGAUAAAUCAGACCCUAAUGUGCUAAAUAACCCUUAUUACUCACUUAUGGCCAAAGCAAUGCGUUUGAAACCAAAAUACGAAAAAGGGGACCAAAACAAGAGCUUAAAAGAUGGAAAGGUUUAUAAGGAUGUCGCAUUACCAGAUGAUAAAGUCAUACAAGCAUUGCAGUACUAUUUAGAGAACAUAGAGGACUUUGUCAGCCCUAGAUACGAGAAGAAAUAUCUUUGGACAGAACUAGCUAACUACGUAUGCGAGCCUAUUACAAAAGUCUUUAACAAGUUAAACUAUUUGAAACAACAAUAUAACAGUGACACAGAUGAGGUUGCCGGCCAAAAAACACCAUUUGGGGAGCUGUUAAAAGAGAUACAAGCUAAAGAAAUAGCUGUGAAACUCGUGGUAGAUAAUAAUCCAAAACCGAUUAUCGAACUCCCUGAUGAUGAGGAGACCUGGUCUGAUGAUGAGACGGAACAGCUUCUAGAAUGGUAUCUGAGCAAUUUGGAGAAGUUUAAGAACCCUAAGUAUGUUAGAAGCUACCUUUGGUUGGAGGUUUCAGAGUUAUUGAAGAAAAGCGCUAUAGCUUGUUCUAAAAAAAUGUCGGAUGUUCGCACUGAAUACAGGAAUAUGGUGAGAGAAAAACCCGAAGAGUUGAAUGCAUGGAGGUUCCUAGAUUUGUGUCAGAAGAUCUACGGUACGGGAAAGAAAGGCGCAACUAAUAUUAGUAAUUAAAAUUGUAAUUGGUUAUCGCAAACGACUGAUAAGCACUAUUCCUUUUUUAUUCCAGGGUUGGACUAAGUACCUAUCUAGUAUGUAAUGGUGUGUCCAGUACCCUUAGUAUGAGUUUGCUUUACGAAACGAGAGCACGUUCGGCGAUCUGAUUGGCCGGGUAGAAUAGACCAACCAUUCAGAGGGCUUAGCACGAGUUUAUUUUACGUUGAACAAAAACGACACACCAUUACACUCAAAAUAUUAUACUAUUUUACGCAGCAAUUGUCUGUAACAUAUUUUUUUAUAUGUUUUCUUUCUUUUUCUAUUUAAAACUACUACUUAAAGUAGAGCCAAUGUUUAUCGGUUUACUGAUAUUCAAAAUUGUUUUAUGUAACAUGAAAAGUGGGUGUAAAUCCAACAACUAGGUAUUACAUUGAUCUUUAUAUGUCAAGUCACUACUUUAUUCUGUUUGUAAAUGAGAAUACUAUGCAAUAAUCAUCAAGAGUUAGCGACAGUUAGUCAAUCAAUGCUGGAUUAUGAGCCUCUACACAAUAGGGUUUGCCAUAAUCUCCAUGUUUGGGUUGCUAAGUUAGAUACAAAACACGAUUUACUCACGUAAAUAUUUGGAGAAAAAGCUCUACUAGUUUCGAGUCACAAAGGGACUCUUAAUUAUAAGUAGCGUGCGCAGAUGCGGCGAUGUCACACAGCCUACGUGAGUAAACCGUGUUUUAUAGUUAAUUAAGUAUGUCUCACAAUAGUUAUUAUAAAAAAAGUUAGAUACAGCUUAAAUUUUCUAACUCAAAAUUCUCAGUAACCCUUUGGAGGCACUUUCUAGAAUGAUUGUUACCAUUUACAAACAGAAUGUAGAAUCUUAGUGACUUUGUGGACUAGUAAGAGCUUUUUAAAGUAAUCGAAACAAAAGCGCGUUCGGCACUCUGAAUAGUUGCUUGCUUUAUUCGCUUACUUGAAAUGUAAAGCAAACAUAUACUAAGGGUACUAUCAAUUUCUGUUUUUUAACAGAAAAAAACCAUACAACUAAUGUCAAAUAUUUAUCUUAAAAGAUAUAGAAAACAUUGAUAUAGUUUUAGUUAGGUCAAUGAAUUUAAUUGUUCACUUAAAUAACUAAUAAAUAGGUAAUUAGAAGACCAUCGCCCUGUAAAUAUCAUGAAAUUAUGUGAGCAUUUUUUUAAAUGUUAUUUUAGUAUGUAUAAGAAUUAUAUUUUAACUUUUAAUAAAUAUAAUGUCGAUAA